GCUUUCUCAAAACACAUUUGCUAAUUUAAAUUUGAUAACAAAAUAACUUCACAUCCGGUCCGUUUUUGGUGACUACUACCCGCAUUUUGGCGUAUUCAGUAAAACUUCGCGAAAAUGUCGAAGUUUUACAAGAUAGAAAAUGAGACCGAUAGUGAGAGCAGUGAAGAGGAGGUCAUACCUCAACGUCAGGUUACAAAGACCUACCACUUCAGUGAAGAGGAAGAAGAUAUUAAAAGAGUGGUCCGCAGUGCAAAGGAUAAGAGGUUUGAAGAGAUGCAAAAUGUUAUUCGUCAAUUAAGAAAUCAUAAAAAAAUCAAAGAUAUGUCUAAUGUAUUGACGGAUUUUGAAGCUCUUACAAAAGCUUUUGAAAAAGCUAAAAAAAUUGUUGACAUUGAGGGAAUGCCAAGAUUUUACCUCCGAUGCCUUGUAGAAUUAGAGGAUUUUGUUAAUGAGUGUUGGGAAGAUAAAGAGGGAAGAAAGCAGAUGAGCAAAAACAAUGCUCGAGGGUUGACCACUCUUCGUCAACGUCUUCGGCGUUACAAACGGGACUAUGAAGAAGAGAUCACAAAAUACCGAGAGAAUCCAGAUGAAGGAGAUGAAUAUGAUGAAGGUUCUGAUGUUGGAGAUGAUGACGAUGAUGAUGAUGAUAAUUCUUUGUCUGGAGAUGAUGAUAAGAUGUUGGAUUUUACUCGGAAAAGUGAUCACGAAGCUAUUAAACCCAAGCAAGAGUCUUCUUCAGAUGAUGAUGAUGAUGAAUGGAGCGAAUACGGUUCAGAUGAAUCUUCAUCAGAUGAUGACGACUAUGACCAUAUUGCUGCUUCCUUCUUGAAAAAGCCAAGUGCUGAAGGCAAAAAAGAAGAGAAGAAGAAAAAGAAGAAAUACAAAGCAGCCAAAAAGACUGAAAAUGAAGAUGAAGGUGAAUGGGAGAAAGUGAAAGGUGGCAUUCCACUGGUUAUGGAAAAACCCAAGAUGUUCAGCAAAGACACUGUGAUCAACCAUGAGGCCGUUAUGAAGAAGUUAACUGAAAUUAUUUCCGCUCGUGGAAAGAAAGCCACAGAUCGUAGUGAAAUGAUAGGCAUUCUCGAAGAAUUGCUUACUGUAUCCGAAAACAAGAAUCUUGGUCCAGCCAUGGCAUCUAAGAUUAUAUUUGCAAUUAUUUCUGCUAUAUAUGAUUACAACCCCAAUAUAGCUACUAACAUGAAGCCAGAAAUGUGGCAAAACUGUUUGUCAUAUGUAACUAAACAAUUAGAUCAUCUUAUUGAAAAUACUGAUAUAUUAGUAAGCGAGAAUAUCCCAGAAGACAGUGAAAAUAUGGAGACUUCACCCUACCGUGUUCGUGGUUGUAUCUUGACAACUGUAGAAAGGAUGGAUGAAGAAUUUAGGAAGAUGCUUCAAGGCUGUGAUCCUCAUAGUACAGAUUACAUUGAAAGGUUGAAGGAUGAACGCACUGUGUGUGAUAUUAUCGAGAAACUUCAAUCUUAUUUGGAGAAAAAUGAAGUUCCUACCAAAGAAAUUUGCCGGUGUUACCUUCGUAGAAUUGAGCACAUGUACUACAAGACUGAUACUUACAAAGGCAGCGGUCAAGCAAUGGAUAGAUUAUGUAAGUACAUCUAUGUGAAAGAUUCCACUGACCGUCUGAGAACCAGAGCUAUUUUGUACCAUAUAUAUUUCCAUGCUAUCCAUGAUAGAUGGUAUGAGGCCCGUGAUCUGAUGAUGAUGUCUCAUUUGCAAGACACUAUUCAACAUUCAGAUAUUCCAACUCAAAUCCAGUACAAUCGUACAAUGGUGCAAUUAGGAUUGUGCGCUUUCCGGCAAGGUUUGAUAAAGGAUGCCCAUAAUGCACUUGUUGAUAUCCUUUCCAUUGGACGUGCUAAAGAAUUGUUGGCUCAGGGUUUACUUUUACAAAGACAACAUGAACGGACUCCAGAGCAAGAAUUGAUAGAGAAGCGUAGACAGAUGCCUUACCAUAUGCAUAUUAAUUUAGAACUCUUGGAAUGUGUAUAUCUGGUUUCAGCUAUGCUUAUUGAAAUACCAUACAUGGCAGCGCAUGAGUUUGAUGCGAGGAGACGCAUGAUCAGUCGUAAUUAUCACAACCUGCUGCGGAACAGUGAGAGGCAGACCUUGACUGGCCCGCCAGAGAGCAUGAGGGAGCACAUUGUGGCUGCUUCAAAGGCAAUGAAAGUUGGAGAUUGGGAGGCCUGCAAGAAUUUUGUUAUUAAUGAGAAAAUGAAUGGAAAAGUUUGGGAUUUGUUCUUACAAGCUGAUAAAGUCCGCCAGCUUAUUACUCAAAAGAUUCAAGAAGAGAGUCUUCGUACCUAUUUGUUCACCUACAGCAGUGUUUAUGACACUCUCAGUAUGCAUGCUCUCAGUGAAAUGUUUCAACUGACCCCCCCUGUUGUCCACUCUAUCAUCAGCAAGAUGAUCCUUAAUGAAGAGCUUAUGGCGUCCCUGGACGAGCCAACUCAAACUGUCGUUAUGCAUCGUACAGAACCAAGUCGCCUGCAAUCUUUGGCUCUGCAAUUAUCUGAGAAAGUGGCCAAUUUGGUGGAAAACAACGAGCGUAUACUGGAAAAUAAACCUGGUCUUAACUACUAUAAGUCUGGUUAUGAUGCCAAUCAACAAGCUGGCCGUUGGAAUAAACGAGACAACAACCAAUGGAAUAAACGUGGUGAUUCAAAAUGGGGUGGUAGAAAUGACCGUUCUGGAAACUGGACUGAUAGAGAAAAACGCGAUAACUGGAAGCAGAGGGAUCGUGACCAGUGGGGAAUUAAAUUGGGUCGCCGUCCUAACAGGAAUACUCGUAAUUAUUAACCCACGUGGCAUUCUAAUUGAAGUUAAAAUGCUUUAUUUGACACGGCAUGGAUAUUUUAUAUCAGAACAAACAAAAAAAAAAGUUGCUUAUACUCCUCUCUGUUUCUGUAUCCAAAUAGCAAAUAAAGAAUUUAAGAAAAUA